UCGAAAUUUGAGUCUACCUCCCAUGUUCAUACUCAUGUCCUCAACAAGAAUAAUACCCGAAACGCUGACUACUCCUUUCCUCCAGAUACUGCCUCAUUUGCUGUGCUGUUCCAGCCUCCUUUUUGUCCACCUUGGAUUCCAGCACCUGCAGUUUGUUUUGGUCUCUAAAGAAGUUUAACCUUCCAGGACUUGCUAGCCGGCGCUCGCGACCGCAGCUCCAGCGCAGGGACCGUAGGCUCGUGCUCACACGCGCGUGCAGCCCGUACCACCUCGCGCGCCGGCGGCAGCGCGCUCGGGGUUCGCGGAGGGUCACGUGCACCGACGGAGUCGGCCGGUGAGCAGGAGACGCCGGCAUCCGGCUGGAGAUGGAUAUCUUCACUUUCACUUCAGUUGAGUGAAGGCUCCGGGGCUGUGAACCAGGAGAACGGGUAGUGGCAGGAGGCAGGAUUCAGCCGCUCACGCCUCACCCUCACCCUCACCUCCGAGAAGGUCAGAAGCUCCACCCUACAACCUUUCCUUCUCGAGCGCUCGUCGGGCUAACGGUUCACCAUCUCUUCCAGCCCCCACCAUCGCAUCGGGAGCAGCCACUUUCGUUUUGUCAUUUUUAAAAAUUAUUCUGCGCGAUUGGUCGUUCACUUGAAUUUCGCUUUUCAAUUCACUUCAGAGUCCCAAACCAUGAACUAUGUCGGACAAUUACUGGUAACAGUUAAGGAAUUGUACAAGGGAUUGAAUCCUGCAACACUCUCUGGAUGCAUUGAUGUGAUUGUAGUCCAACAGCAGGAUGGUACUUACCAGUGCUCACCAUUUCAUGUUCGAUUUGGAAAGUUGGGAGUACUUCGGUCAAAGGAAAAUGUGAUUGACAUCGAGAUUAAUGGCGAUCCAGUAGAUUUGCACAUGAAGUUGGGAGAUAAUGGAGAAGCGUUUUUUGUGCAGGAAACAGAAGAAGAGAAUGAGAAAGUUCCUCCUCACCUGGCCACAUCACCCAUCCUUGCGGAAGAAGGACAGUUCUUCAAAGGUAUGCAGCUGACCUUGGGCAAAUCUCCAGCCGACCGAGAACUAAAACGUGACUUGGACCGCACUGGUCAGGGUGCUUCUUCAGAGACCUCCAUCUGCAUUGGGUCAAUGAAGAAGAAAAAGCGAAGGAAGAAGAAAUUUAAGCCAGAUGGCAGAAAGGAAGACCGUGUAUCGUCAACUGGUAGUGAAGAUAUUUUUGAAAUGGACAUUAGUUCUGAUGAGGAGAAAUCAAUGCAUUCUCCCAGGGGAUUGCCCCACACUUCCUUAAAGGACAAUGAAUUACAAGAAUCUUCAUCCUUUUCCCACGACGUCAAUUAUCCGCACUCUGAUGGUGAUUGGUCUCCCACUGAGAGCGCAUCCAUUUCUCAGCCCUUUUCUCCUAAAAGUGACUCUGAAUUACUGGUGAAGCCAUCUGAUGUGCUGAUGUCUGAGUCCCACAUGCAGUGGUCCUGGGGAGAGUUUCCAGAAUCAACAAGGGUAAACAAAAGAGAGAGGCUGGAACAUGCAGAAACUGUCCAUAUUACACCAUCUGAAAAUACUCACUUCAGGGUAAUCCACCAUUCUGAUGCCAUGGAUGUGGAUAUCAAUGCUCGCAAAAUCAUAACUCAUACAGUUCUGAAGCCUGAGGCUAGAGCACUUGUGGAUAUACACCAGGCAGUUGCUGACAGUGAAGUUGCAUCUUCUGAGAAAAUGUUUAAUAACGUGCUUUCUCAAGCUCAAGAUUCACAUGGUAUCUCAGCAACUGGCAUCUCUGACAUGUCUCAGAUAGACAGUACCUGUGUAGACACUGAAACCCAGAUUCCAACUAUUACAAAAUUAGAUUCACCAUCAAAGAAAAAAGGUCUCCACAAACGAAGUCAGCAUCAGGGACCUGAUGACAUUUAUUUGGAUGAUCUAACUGUUUUGGCACCUGAAGAUGCUGCUCGCUAUUUUCCUAAAAGUGAGUUUGACAGCAGUUCUAAACGGUGGACUGAAUCAGAGACCUGCUCUGGUUCUCAGUCACCACAGUCAGUAGGAAGUGCAGCAAUGGAUAGUGGCACUGAAUGCCUUUCUGAUUCAGCAGCUGACCUGCAAGAUCUCGAUCUCUCACUUUGUGGAGGUCUCAGUGAAAAUACUGAGAUAUCGAAAGAGAAAUUCUUGCAGCAUCUUGUUACCUAUCAGCAAUUUGCAGAAAAUCCUGGGAUUAUAGAUGAUCCUAACCUUGUUCUAAGAAUUAAUAACAGAUACUAUAAUUGGGCAUUAGCUGCUCCCAUGAUUCUGAGCAUGCAGGCUUUCCAAAAGUGCCUACCCAAGGCAACAAUUGAUGACUGGGUGAAAGAGAAGAUGCCAAAGAAGUCUGGCAGAUGGUGGUUCUGGCGUAAGAAGGACAGUGCUGUCAAGCAGCCUGAAAUAAAACAAGAGAAAUUGAAUGAAAGCAGCAAACCUGAUCAAAGCCAAAACUCUGCCUUCAGCAGAUCCAAAGAAGGAGACUCCUCUAGUGAUGAAGACUCCAGUAACACACCCGAACCAAAAGCGAGUGACACAAAAUUAUCAGACAACUCAAAUCAGGGAUGUUCUUCUAUCUCUUACAAGAAGUCUCUGAGAUUAUCCUCAGAACAAAUUGCAAGCCUUAAACUGAAAGAGGGGCCAAACGAUGUGGUGUUUAGUAUAACAACUCAGUAUCAAGGUACCUGUCGCUGUGAAGGGACUAUAUACCUUUGGAACUGGGAUGAUAAAGUCAUCAUAUCUGAUAUUGAUGGAACCAUUACCAAAUCUGAUGCCUUAGGGCAGAUUCUUCCUCAGCUGGGCAAAGACUGGACCCACCCAGGAAUCGCCAGACUUUAUCAUAAGAUUCAUGAGAAUGGUUAUAAAUUUCUGUACUGUUCUGCACGUGCCAUUGGGAUGGCAAACAUGACAAGAGGAUACUUGCACUGGGUGAAUGACAAAGGAACAAUACUUCCUAGAGGGCCCUUACUGCUAGCUCCUAGCAGUCUUUUUUCAGCAUUUCAUAGGGAGGUAAUAGAGAAAAAACCGGAAAAGUUUAAGAUUGAAUGUUUGAAUGACAUCAAAAGUUUAUUUACUGUUUACAACCAGCCUUUCUACGCUGCUUUUGGAAACCGACCUAAUGAUGUUUGUGCCUACAAGCAGGUAGGAGUUCCAGACUACAGAAUUUUUACAGUAAAUCCAAAAGGUGAACUGAUACAGGAGCAAAUCAAGGGCAAUAAAUCUUCAUCAAAUUCAAGCUCUACCCUCCUCCUAAAUACGUCUUCAAUGGGGAAUCCAAACAAUCUUCUUUACCAGAAGUAUCGAAUGGAGGAUCUUUCUUGGCUUCCUCUGAUGUCCAUACUGUCCUCUGCCAGGUACAUUAGACUGAGUGAACUUGUUGAACAUGUCUUCCCUUUGCUUUGUCAAGAACAAUGUUCAGCAUUUGUUUAUCCAGAGUAUAGCCACUUCAACUACUGGCGAGACCCACUGCCAAAUAUCAGUACAGAAGAUCUGAAUUAAGUGUUGUUAAUGGUAGAACUGUGUCAAAAAUAUUGCCAAUACAUUUGUACUUUUUUAAACAGAGUCUGAUUCAGGUAUGGAUUAACGAAGAUUGUCAUUUGUGUUUAUGUACUAAUUCUAUUGUUGUAGAAGCAUGACAUUUACACAAGUGAACACCAUUAAUACCAGCAGAAUUCUCUCAGGAAUGUAGCCUUAGUGUUCAUUUUACCUAUUGGUUGUAACAGAAGGAAAAUCAGAGUUUGAACAUGAAUUGUCUUUACUUAAGAUUGUUGCACAUAUUGACAGCCCUCUACACUCAUCCCUAGAGUUACUACUUAUAGUAACUUUUUAAGAAAACAAAUAGCUUGGCUUGAAUUCAAGUGUAAACCUAAUUACCAGAUAUACUGGGCUUUUUUAAUACCAAGAAAAUGGAUGCUGAAUGUGUCGAAAGUAAUGGAACCUAGACUACUCAAAAUUCCAUUCACAUGCCAUAACAACAGCCCAAUUCAUACCACAAUAUCUCUCACUGUUUAACGCUGCUUCACCUAUGGUGGGAACAUAUGCUAAUCUAGAAUUUGAUCUCAGUUGAUUUGGAAAUAUCGAUCUGAUGCCACUUUCAACUAUGAAUUGGAUAAAAGUUAUUAAGAGCCCUCAGUAUGGAAAAAGGUUCCAUUUGUAAUCCACUUUUAUUACAGGCAAUUGGCUAUUGUGUAGUCAGGCUAUUCAAUACCUUUUGUAUUUAAUGACUGUUGCCGUAUUUGCAUUGUCUAUCUUCGCGUGUAUGCCUUCAAUUGAUAAAAUAUAAUAUCUUGUGAUCACGCCAUUAUAAAAGAGGUAGAUGAAGGGUUUUGCAUUUGAGCAUUUACACAUUAUUUACAGCAAGUUCAUUCUUUCCAUGAAAGAGUUGAAUAAUGUGUUAUGAGAACACAGUUAUUAAAGUUAAUUGCUUAUAUGUUCUUGAAAUUUAAAAUAAUGUACUAUACUGGUGAAUGGGAAGUAAUCAUGAUUUCUUCUACUGAUUGUUAAUCACUUUGAACUAUUUGUGCUUAAAAUAUUUUUGAAGGAAGAGAAAUUGUGAACUUAUGUAAUGUUUUAAUCACCCAUGCCAAUAUGUGGGAUAUUUGAACAUCCUAAAAGUCCUACGAAGCUUCUUUAUGGAAAUCAGUUUUGAAUCCUAUUAAGGACUUGCAGAAUGUUCUCAAAUGCCUGUGCAUAUUUUUGACGAGGUUAGUUAAUGAAAUACAUUUUUCCACAAAGUAAUUGUUUUAACUGUAAGAAAUUACUUGGUGGUUGGUUUUUUUUUAAAUCUGUUGAUCAUUUUGUCUUGCAUUGUUACUGACCAUGGAUGUGAUUUGCCCACCGGAGAAGAACUAACUUAUUAUACUUCAAUUUAGAGUCUUUGUGUUGUCAUUUAAGAUAACCAAAGCACAGUUGCUUUGACCAGCUUUGAUUAGUGAUGAAGAAUUAACAGCAAUAUGUCAGUGUUAUGUAAGAUUGUGAAUCAAUCACAUCCUGUAUUUAAUAUGGUAGUAGACAUGAUGUUUGAGUUUGUAUGUAUGCAUGCAUACGCUCUUUUUUUGGUAUGCUACAUCUCAUGUUAGAAUCGUGGAAUAAAUCAUGACUUCAGAAA